AGAAUUGAGAAGGAAGCAUUGCAAAUAUUCCCCAUUUGGGGAUUAACUUUUGGAUAAACACAGGUGUAAUAAACUGGGAGACAAUUGGUACUUUUGUGCCUGACCAUGCCAAGAUCAUCCAAACAAGGAAAUGACGUUGCUGUACAAGGCACCAAUGACAGCAGUAUCGUCAGUAAAUGCUCCACAGCAUCGCAGGGUUACUUCAACGAUGACUUCCUGAGAUUGUUUGUCUCCAAGACGUCUCGCCGCGCUCCACUCAUCAACAGAGGCUACUACAUCAGGGCACAGGUGAUUGAUGACGUCUUGAAACAGUUCUUGUCCGUUCAUCAGGGAAAGAAGCAGAUCAUAUCCCUUGGUGCAGGGUUUGACUCUGCGUUCUUCAGGCUGCGUGCCAGUGGACAUCUUGUAAAUACAACAUUUUAUGAAGUUGACUUUCCUGAUGUCGUCCGACGGAAGGCGACUAUUAUCAAGACCACAGCGCAGUUGAGACAACAACUCGGUGAAGACAUCAACGAUGCUCAAGAAUAUGCAAAGGGAAUCUUCCUGAUAUCCCAUGACUACCGUUUACUGGGCCUGGAUCUUACUAAUCUUCCUGGUCUACAGAGGUGUUUGCAACAAACCGGCAUCAACUGUCACCUACCGACCUUACUGCUGUCUGAAUGUGUGCUGACCUACAUGGAAGUUCGUAGCUCUGAUGCUCUGAUCCAGUGGGCCUCGUCGUCAUUCCCCAACGCCGUCUUUCUGACGUACGAACAGAUACAUCCUAGUGAUGCCUUUGGUUUGGUUAUGAGGAAACAUUUUGAGAAGCUGAAUUCUCCCUUGAAGGCCAUUAAGACGUACCCAACCACGGAAGCACAACAGCAAAGAUUCCUCUCACUGGGAUGGCAGGGAGCCAGUGCAAUAGACAUGAAUACAUACUACAACACCAGGUUACCAGUGAAGGAGAAACUGCGAGUGGAGUCGCUGGAACCUUUUGACGAGUUUGAGGAAUGGCAUUUGAAGUGCAGUCACUAUGCUGUCAUAGCUGGGUGCAACGGGACAUGCAGUAACAUGGCAGAAUUCCUCUCUGAAGGUCAUCAACCUUUGACCGCCCAGUGCAUCCCAGAGCUUUCGUCGAUUGUAACCUUUCCCCUCUCGGAGGCCCAGCAGAAACCAUUGAGACGCUUCGGUCAUGCAAGCAGCCUACUGUCUGCAGACACGGCCAUCGUGGUGGGAGGGUUUGGUGAAGACGGGGGCAAGCACACCAGGCUGGGGGACGUGGUCGUCGUAGAUCUCAAAACUGGAAGUUGGGGCAUGGUUCCAGCAAGUCAUGGCACCCAAGAACUUGGACCCAGAAUGCAUCACUCUUUGACAGCCAUCUCCGGGGGCAACAGGUGGCUUCUUUUUGGUGGGCGGAGCUCUCCUACAAGACCCUACAAUUCCACUCUGAUCUUGACCUUUGACACAAAACAGCAUGACACGGCUGUAAGAAAAACUGAUGAUCAAAUGUCAGCAACUUCUGAGGAUGGAAAUCAAGUUUUGCUCCCUGACUCCACAGGUGUGUCACCAAAUUGCUUACCUAGUGGGAACAACUCGAGGGCACAGACUAAUGCAAAUGAAACUGAUGGGAGUGGCUUGGGUCUAGUCAGGCUGCAAAACAGGACAGCGAAAAAUUGUCAGCAUUUUGUUGCGCGCCGUGGAAGGACUGCACAGGCUGAGAACGACAACCCCUCCUCCAAUCCAGAAAAAUUGAGAUAUUCAGAGAAAAAUCCUUCGUCGAGGGAAAAUAGAGUGUGUGAUAUAACUGGAUUUAGCUAUCAGUGUAGUGAAACACCAAACUCUGAUGGUCCAGUUCCAAGAUGGCGUCACUCGGCGAUACGUGCUAAUGUCAGGGGCAAGGAGUGUGUUGUGAUAUAUGGAGGCAGGGGAGCAGAGGACGCUGUGUUUAGUGACUGCUGGGCGUUUGAUGUCGGUGGACUGGACUGGCAAAGGCUAGAGAUAACUGGUGACCAGCCACCUGCUUCCCACUCUCACUCUACAUGUGUGUGGCAGGAUACCAGGAUGGUCAUUGCUGGUGGUCUGGGCACUGACAUGCGACCUUUGACCUCUGUUCAUGUCAUUGAUCUGGAAACCCUGAGGUGUCAAGAAAUCAAGCUUACACCUUCAUUACCACCAAGGUACUCACAUACAGCCCAUGUAGUUGACAGCAGGCUCCUUCUUGUGGGCGGAGUCAACCCCCUCGGUGGAGGGGGUUAUACCGUAGCUGUGGUGGAUCUGGAAGCUUUAACAUGCCGUCUGCAUUCCAUACCAGCAUGUGUUGUUGAUCGCCCCUUAAUGGUUCAUGGUCACACCAGCGAGUUGCUAACGGAAACCAGCCUGGCAAUUCUCGGGGAGGAGGCAACUGCUUCUCAUUUGGUACACACCUUAAUGACAGCCCUUUUAUGAUCGGAGGUCCCCUUUAGUUUAAAGGUUAUGAUCAGAGUGAUCGGAGUGCCCUUUAAUUUAAAGAAGCUUUCUCUUCGUGACCAAUCCUGAUAGUCAAUAACAGACACCAGUCUCUGGCAAUCCUUGGCGGAGGAGGUAACUGCUUCUCAUUUGGUACACACCUUAAUGACAGCCCUGUUAUGACCGGAGCCCCCCUUUAAUUUAAAGGACCUUUCUCUUCGUGACCAAUCCUGAUAGUCAAUAACAGACACCAGUCUCUGGCAAUCCUUGGCGAAGGAGGCAACUGCUUCUCAUUUGGUACACACCUUAAUGACAGCCCUGUUAUGACCGGAGUGCCCCUUUAAUUUAAAGGAGCUACCUCAACUUGACCAAUCCUGCAAGCUAAUAACAGGCACCAGUCUCCGGCAAUCCUUAGGAGGCGGAAUCUGCUUCUCAUUUGGUACACACCUUAAUGAUAUGACUGUUAUGAUCAGAGGGCCCCUUUAAUUUAAAGGUACUACAGAUAGAGAGCAGAUAGCUUUCGUUCACCGCACACGGUAAAACUUUGGGCACAAGUGCCUAGAAUUAUCAAACACGUUAGAUAUUUGGCGCAACGUCACGAAUGACCGAAAGCUUUGGUAAAACUGACCGCACACGGGAGCUAUCUGCUUACGCCACCGGCCACGAA